GCCGCACUGGCUGGAGGCAGCGCGGAACAUUCCGUCGACGGGUCCAUCGGUCGUCCUCCGCCGCGCAGUUCCCGACCGAUCUAUCGUCAUGCAGCGCAACACAGAAAGCUUGGACGAGUCCUCGGACCCUCUCCUUGCGUCGCCACCUCCGGCCCCGCUGCCACAGUCUGCCAUGCACGCUCCCGACCUCCACUUGACCGAGACAUGGGUCCAAGCAUCGGGACUCCCGCGCUUCACGAUGCGCGAUGCACAGAACAUGGAGUGGGAUUAUUCAAAAGUGACGUGGAGCGAUGCAGCGAGCAUGGCGCGCAACAACAACGGGAGGAGGCGGUCGUCGUUGGCGGUUUGUUCCGAGUUUGGCGACGCCGAGCAGCCCGAGAAGAAGGAAGACAUCCGUGUGCUCCUCGAUCCGUUCUACGACGUCACGACCGGUCGGUUGCGUCGACUCUUUCACCACUUUAGCCCCAACGGCUCGGACGUUGUCAAGUACGACGACUUCCAGCGAGGGUUGCACGCCCUCGGGAUCAGCGUCCCGAGCGGCGAGAGCUUUGCUGACUUUGUCGCCAAAGUCGAUACGAACGGCGACGGCCUGGUAAGCGUCGACGAGUUCGUCAAGGUGGUCCAGAUGAUCAAGCAAGCGCACUUGUUCAAGCCCGAGCACGCGUCGACGACGUCGCUUGCACGAGACGAAGACGAGCACGUCCUUCGCGUUGUCGACUACUCGCCGACGAGUCUUCGCGUGGUCGACCCUGUCACAAAGCUCCAGGAGUUCAUGCUGUCGUCCAAGCCCGACUGGGCCACUGUCCGGUGGGUGCAUCUCGCUGGUUUCCACCGCGCCGACGACCUCAACUUGCGCCGCCUCGCUAUCAAGUACCAGCUCCAUCCGCUCGCGCUCGAGGACUGCUUGAAUCCGAACGACAAGAUCCGGUGUAAGUUCGAGCACUACGAUGACCACUCGUUCUUGGUUGUGCCCGUGCUGCGGGCGCUGAGCGCCGCCAAGUCGGACCUGGUGGCCAACGUGUUGGCCGACCGCCGCGACGCGAUCGCGGCGAAGAAGCUCAAGCUAUACGCGACCGACCGAGAUGCGGCCAUGUUGCGGCCAUCGGCCACGCCGUCGGCUUCCUCUGUCCGCGCGGCGAACCAAGCCAAGGCGACUGCGCUCUCCGCCACCCUCGAUGCGCUCGACAACUUGUUGCAUGCGCCGCAACAGAUCAGCGUGUUUGUGUGCAAGGACCAGCGCACGGUGGUGAGUGUCCAGGACGGUGCUGACACGAUCGACGGGACGGCGUUGCCGCUGUGGGACGUCGUAUUCGACCAGACGAUGGCCAAAUCGUACUCCAAGGUCCGCAACCACUCGGCGCCGUUCCUCGUCGUGUCGAUCCUGAACGCUGUCGUUGACGACAUGAUGCCGCUCGUUGCUGUCAUGGAGCCGACGCUCAAGAUGCUCGGGAAGCUCGUGCGGCUGGAGCAGACCAAGUUCGACCCGGCGCGCCUCGCGCGGGCCAAGAAGCAGCUCAUCGCGAUGGAAAAAGUCACGCGGCCGAUCCUGGAUCUUGUGACCGAUCAGCUCUUUGACCACGCCGAGUUCAACCAGGUGCGAGCGAUCGCCGUCAACGAUCGUGGUGUCUCACCGACGGGGCGCAGGGCGAAGUGAAAAAGUACCUUCGCGACGUUCGGGACCACGUUCGCCAAAUGGCCAUGGACCUGCGCGACCAUCAGCAGGCGCUCGCGGCGCUGGUCGACGACGACAAGGAGCGCCGCGCCAAGACCCAAGAAGACGUCAUGUACUACAUCACGGUCGUCGCGGCAUGCUUUUUGCCGGCGACUUUCAUGUCGGGCAUCUACGGCAUGAACUUUGACGGGACCAUGCCAGAACUCACGUCGGAGUACGGGUACUUGACGUGGUGGAUCGUUCUCGUUGCGUUUGUCCUGGUCAUGAUGGCGUACGUACGGGUGUGGAAGCAGUGGAUGUAGAAAAGUCGCCGAAACACGGUUGCGCUGCGCGCGCG